AUUAAUACGGAGCACGUAAUUUUUAUAUUUUAUUUCCUGUAUUAUAGAGUUGGCAGAUGCGAGAGAGAGACUUGAUUGACCCUUCACUUUCCCGCAAUCGUCACAACCAUUCUCUCUCUCCUAUCAUCAUCGGCUGCUCAUCCUCGUUGUUUCUCCCUCCUGCGACGUUCGAUUUUCUCUCAGAUGGAUGAGCAGUUGAAUGAUAAAGAAUCCUUGCUUGCUCGCAUCCAACAAGUAGAGCACGAGCGUGAUGAGUUACGUAAAGACAUUGAACAAAUGUGUAUUCAGCAAGCUGGACCUAGCUACCUCGCUGUGGCUACUCGAAUGCACUUUCAGAGGACAGCUGGCUUGGAGCAGGAGAUUGAGAACUUGAAAAAGAAGCUAGCUACUUGCAUUAGAGCAAGAUCAGAUCUUCAAGAGGAGCUUUCGGAAGCGUACCAUGUCAAAAGCCAGUUGGCUGAUUUACAUGCUGCAGAGGUCUCAAAGAAUAUGGAAGCGGAGAAGCAGGUUAAAUUUUUCCACGGCUGUGUUGCUGCUGCGUUUGCUGAACGAGAUCAUUCAAUAAUGGAGGCCGAGAAAGCUAAGGAGAAAGAGGAAGCCAUGUCGCUGGAAUUGAACAAUUUCCGGAGGAGGAUGGAAGAGCUUACCUCUGAUUUUCUUGAAGAAAAGAAACUCACUGCUGCGCUGCAGAUUGAUCUAGAGGAGAAGAACAAGCAAAAUGAGACAUCUAAAAAGGUUAUUGAUAGAUUUUACGAGAUCAGACAGCAAUGCCUGAAUGGAUUUUGUGAGGAUGGAAGAUGGGAAGAUAAAUGUGAGUGCCUUCUGCAAGAUUCUCCAGAAAUGUGGGACUUCAAUGAUCGAGGGGAAACUUCCACUUCCAAAUACAUUAGUGCUCUGGAAGGAGAAGUGGAGACAUUGAAACGAUCAAUGGCUAAUCUUCGAAACAAGCUAAGUGUGGGAUUGGAAAUCGAGAAUCAUUUAAAGAAGAGAGUACGUGACUUGGAAAAGAAGCAAACUCUUUCAGAAGGAUUGAUCAAGAAGCAGAUAGCAGGGUUGCUUCAUUACCAUUCGGAGCACAAGGCCCACAUCAUGAAUAUACUAGAUGAGGGAUAUACCCAACUCAAAUCAACUGUCGAUGUGUUGGAAGAAACGAUAAGCCAACUCAACACAAGCAGUAAACAAAGUUGGACAUCUCCUCAGAGUGAUGUAGUACUUGAUGAAAAUGGUUGUCGAGAUGUGCAUGUAAAUACAGUUGAUGGUCCUGACUCUAUCAACAAGGGGAAUGAUCCUGAAUUACGAAAAUCUUUGGCUAUUGCUUGUGGUCGUGAUGCCUCUGGAGCCUUUGCGCAGGCAUUACACGAGAAGGUUGCAGCUUUGUUGCUUCUGUCACAGCAGGAAGAAAGACAUUUACUGGAGAGAAAUGUAAAUGCAUCUCUUCAGAAAAAGGUGGAGGAGCUUCAGAGAAACUUACUACAAGUGACGAAUGAAAAGGUUAAAGCUCUUAUGGAGUUGGCACAAUUGAAGCGGAAAUAUCAACGUUUACAAGAGAAAAUUAAUCUUGAGAUGAAACAAGGAAAAGUUUUAGCUGAAGUUGGUGAGAACAGAAUUCAGGAAAGAGUUGGAAACUUGAAAAACUUGCUGAAGAGAACCUAUUUAAAACGCUGGGUUGGCACGUUCAAUUCUCCUGGAAAUGAAGCUGAAGCUAACUUGAAUUAUGAAGGGAAUCUUGGCGAUAAGGGGUCUAAAUACAGAAUGGAUGUUGCUAGGAUGAAGAUUGAAAAUGCAACCCUGAAGGAGAGCUUGGAAAGUAUGGAGCAUCUGACAUCUGCUAUUUGUAGGCUUCGUCUCUCACUCUUGAAGGUUAAAGAAUCAGCUACAUUUGAAGAUUCACUUAGUGGCGCAUCAGAAACUCUUAACAGUAUAGUUACCGAGGCAAAACUCGUUAAGACUGCCCUUGGCAGCUCCCUUCCGGUGAGUUGGUCAGCUGGGGCAGACGCCAGACCAUUUGAUCAAAGUUAUGACCAGGAGACAACUGUUGACGGUAAUGGGGAUUCUAGUAGUGAGAAGGUGGAUUUUGUUUCUGCAGCGGGAUUCGAGAUGGUGGAAACCCUAAUUCUUGCAGCUGAGAUAUUGGAGGACCACAUAUUUAUGAGAGGUUCCAGAGAUGGAAGUUGAUUGGGAGCAAUCUGCUUGGUCAUGAUUACAAUCGAAGAUGUUCACUUCAGGCUAUCCUCGACUUUCCAUGUUCAUUUUCUUGAAGGUAAGUUGGUGAAAAAUUAUUACAGUAGUUUGGAUCUAGUCUCUGUUCAUAAUUAUUCUUUAGAUGGUGAUCGGCUGAAGUGGAUGUUGUAUAUCUAUGUCAUGUGAAAAUGUAGGUGCUGCUUAUAGUGUACAGUGCUAAUGCGAUUGGUAAAUAUCAAAGUGGAUUCAUUGCUGAUUGAAGUACUGCAGUACUGCAGUUGUAUC